AUUGCACAAAUUCGAAUACUCCAGUAAUGCCGGUUCUCCAUUCAAAAACAAAAUAAAUAGAAAAGAGGUUUGGAGAGUUCAUAAUUUUGCCUUUGGAAGCACGAGUACCCAACUUUACUCACUCACUCAACCAACUCAACCAACUCCAUCAAUAAAAUCAAGAUGAUCGCUACAGGCCCUGCUUAUUGCCGUGUUGACAGUACUGAAGUGACUGAGAAGAGACUCAAGCGAAAGCGCCGCGAGAGUCUAGCUACUGCGUCUUCUUCUACUCAGACUGCGACUGCUACUACAGCCACUGCUGCUCCUGUUGAAGCUAGCACUAGCGCUUCUAUCAGCGCAGCCAACUUGUCCCUGAAGAGACUCCAACUUGAUGCCGACGCCACCAAGAAGCCUCGCCGCCAUUCUCGCUCUGCGGCCAUCAAGGCCAAGGCAGCUCAAGCCGCAGCAGAGCUAGAGCUAGUAGUAGAUCUACCAGUAGCAACAGUUACUGUUCAACAAGCCCAAGAACAAGAAGACGAAAUCCCGCUCUCGUUCCCCAGCCUUAACCUUAACCUUAGCCUUACUGAAGAGGUCAAACCCACUGUGUCCCUUGACAAUAAGAAAACAGUGACCUUUGCAGUGGCCUUGACGGAAGAUAUUACUAGUGCUACCGGUACUGGUAGCUACACCUUGGAUGCUUCUCUCAAGUCAUCCAUCUGGUACAGCAAGGCUGACUAUGUGUCCUUCAAGGCUGCCAUUCGACGGGAUGUCACGCACAUGGCCAUGCUAUGCCACAGAGACUCUCUCAGGAAACUAGAUUUCAAUGAACACUCCGUCGUGGGCAUUGAAAAGUACUGCUGCUCCUCUCAAGAACAAAUCAAGGCCAGAAGCAUUCAAAAACAGCUGGUGCAAGCCGUUCUAGAUCAACAGACGCUGCAGAAAACCCUCAACCUAAAGGACGAAGAAACCAUGCGAAUGAUCUCCUUGGUGUACACACAUCAGGGCAUUCAGCAAGCACUCCUACGAGCAAAGGCGUUCCUACAACAGUAGCUACAAAAUACAAAAGAAAAAGCUAUCUCUAAUAGAACACUCAUAAGAUAUAUAUAUAUAUAUCAUAUCACUGCUAACUAUAACAAAAACAUAAACAAAAAUAAAACUAUAUAUUAGUAUACUACGAGCUCUUCAG